GAAGGUGGCACAAGCCCCACCUACUCAGUGCCUCAUGACCUCAUGUUGCGGGCUGGGCCUUGGAUCACCCCGCCACUAUAUAACGUGGGCGACCAUCUCUGUUCUUCACUUGACUUCAACCGUCGCAGCUUCACUAUGGCUCUCAAGGUUCUUGUAGUGUCUGCCCUUGUGGCGGUCACCCUCGCCCUACCUGAAAAUCGUCCUGUCAGGACCUACGGCGUUCCUCCUCCACCCACCUACGGUGCCCCACCUCCUCCUCCACCCCCUCCCCCCACCUACGGUGCUCCAGCUCCUGCCCCAGCUUACGGCACCCCCGCACCAGUGUCUCCUCCUAAAUACGACUUCAGCUGGGAAGUGAAGGACCAUUAUGACACAGACUUCGGCCACCAGGAGACCCGUGACGGCUACGACACCCAAGGCUCCUACUACGUGCUGCUUCCCGACGGUCGUCUGCAGAAGGUGGACUACACUGUCAACGGAGACUCCGGCUUUGUGGCCGAAGUGACUUUCGAGGGUGACACUAAGUACCCAGCACCCCAGCCCUCCUACACCCCAGCUCCAGCUCCUACCUACGGCCCCCCUGCCCAAACCUACCAACCAGCCCCGACUUACGCUUAGACUCUCGAUAUAGAUGGUAGUAACUUGUAUUUAAGAACAGGGUAUUUUAUGUGAGCUUCUUUAAUGUAAUAAUAUUAUUUAAUAUGAAGUAA